AUGUUCUCGGCCCGCUUCGACGGCGGCGAGGUCGAGGCCGCCUUCCGGCGGGUGCACGCCAUCCUGCAGGAGCGCGGCUACAAUGUGCUCAUGGUGAAGGCUGGCGCAGGAGACGACUUCGGCAAGGACACCAAGCGCUUCCUUGCCAAGCUCCUCACCUCACAGGGGGUUCUCCUCGCAGUCUGCUCCGCAAAGUACGCGGAGAUGACCGGCUCCAUGUACUCUUCUUUCUGCGAGCUCCAGUUUGCCUACGACAACAAAGUACAGGUGGUGCCGCUGCGAGUCUGCAAGACGAGGCCAUCCGAGCUAUUGCCGCCCCAUGGAGACCAUCACCCCUUCGACAAGGAUGGUGAGGCGCUGGCCCUGGUGCGCAUGGCCAUGCCAGCCAGCAAGGUCCAUAUCGACUGCUUGGCCGACGAGGACACGGCGCAGCUCUUGGAGGCAGGCGCCAUCGCAGCGAAGAUAGCGGCAGAGCUGCGCAAGGGCUCCGAGUCCGAGGCCGAGGGCUCGGCUCCCGCCAGCCUGGAGCGCAAGUCGUCGGGCCAUGGUGGGCCCAUGCAGCAGGCGCAGGCUCAGGCCAAAGACGAUGCACAGGAGGCUGCUUUGGGCUCCAGCAGCUCGGCGGCCACCUUGGCCGGGCCGGCGGGCAGCGCGCUGCGCCCGGGGAAAGCCACGCCCAAGGAGGAGCCCAAGCAAGGCAGCACAGCCGGCCAGAAGGGCCAAGGCUGCGCCAACCUCCGCGAAGCCGCCAGAACUGGCGACCGGGAGUCCCUCGAGGCGCUGCUGGCCGAUGGCGCAGACAAGGAUCAGCAAGAUGAAAUGGGCGCGACCCCGCUCUACACCGCAGCGGAAAAUGGCCAGCUGGAGUGCCUCCAGGCGCUGCUGAAAGCCGGCGCCAACAAGGACGCCCGCAAGAAGAAUGGCUGGACCCCGCUCCACAUCGCAGCGCACAAGGGCCACCUCGCGUGCCUGGAGGCGCUGCUCCGCGCGGGCGCCGAGAAGGACGCUCGCCUGGAGAGCGGCGCGACCCCGCUCUUCAUCGCAGCGAUGAACGGCCAGCUGGAGUGCCUCCGGGCGCUGCUGAACGCCGGCGCCGACAAGGACGCCUGCCGGAAGGAUGGCUGGACCCCGCUCCACGUCGCAGCGGAGAGGGGCCACCUCGCGUGCCUGGAGGCGCUGCUCCGCGCCGGCGCCGCAAAGGACGCUCGCCUGGAGAGCGGUUGGACUCCGCUCCACAUCGCAGCGCAAGGCCAGCUGGAGUGCCUCCGGGCGCUGCUGAAUGCCGGCGCCGACAAGGACGCACGCAAGAAUGAUGGCUCGACCCCGCUCAUCAUCGCGGCAUACAAAGGCCAGUUGGAAUGCGUCCAGGCGCUGCUCCGCGCUGGCGCCGACCAGGCGGUGCGGGAUGACGAUCGCAAGACGGCCCUUGAAUGGGCGGAGCAGAACGGCCAUAAGGGCUGCGCCGAUGCGCUGCGGGCCGCCGCGUGA